AUGUCGUCACGAAAAAAUGAGGACAGAUACACUCCAACUCCAAGAAGGAGCGUUGCUCCUAGUAUUGAUAGCUUUGGUGCAUCUUCACCAUUUGAUCAGUUUGAAACAGUGGUGGAAUUAGCUGAACUUCCAGAAAACAUCACCGAUACGAUUGAGUUGGUCAAUGACGACACCGACGAACCAAGUGGUGAUCAUGCGAGUGGAACAGCUGUAGCCUAUUUUGGCGAUGUGCUGUUCCAUGUAGGCAAAAAGGACAAGAAAAAAGCCCACUGUCGCCUGAGAAAUAUGCAGCUGAGCUUCCAUGAGGACGACGCUACUGAGGAUUGCAUUGCUGGACCAUUUUCGCUUCUCGGUUGUGAGCUUAUUUGUCGAGAAGAGCAAACAAUCUUAAUAAGGCUCUCUGAAAAAGAAGCAAGCAAAACCGUGUCGUUUACUGCCGAGAAGGAUGCUGAAACGUGGAUACUGCUGUUGGGAGAGGUGUUAUUGCUUCGCGAACGCCUUGAAAAAGCAGACUGGUGUCCGAAAUGUAAACGAAAGGACCAAAAGGGACCUUUCCUGAUCUCGUUGGAGGGGUGUCCCAAGCAGCCAAAUUUAGGUACUACAAGCGAUUGGAUGUAUACUGCUGCAGCUUUACAUGGCAGAACUAUGUUUUACGUCCUGCUCGAUUCACCUGAUUACAUUUACGAAUUGGAUGUGAGAAAGGUGUUAUUGCUUCGCGAACGCCUUGAAAAAGCAGAUUGGUGUCCGAAAUGUAAACGAAAGGACCAAAAGGGGCCUUUCCUGAUCUCGUUAGAGGGGUGUGCUCUCUACGUGGAAUGUUGUGAUGAUCUAUGUACGGGCAAAUGGUAUUCCGCCAUUCAAAAUUCUCUUUCUCUUACACCGUCUAGUGUAGAGGACUAUCGUCUGACUGCGGAUAACAUUCCAAUUGUGCGUGACGAUCCCUUCUAUCUCCGGCAUAAUCUCUUUCUAUAA